AUGAAGUGUUGGCUCGUUUACAUUACACUCCUUGGGUCCAGCGCCGCCUCGACUAUCGUUCGUUUCUACAUUUUUUUUUUUUCAAUUCUCGUUUGAGAAAUGAGUUUUUUAUUGGAGAAAAAUUAAACGAUUAAGAUCAUCAUGACAAUCACAGUAAACAGCGCGUCAAAAUGUUUUUUCAAAAAUUUGAAUAACGAUGACUCUGUCUGCUUUUUUGCAGUUUUCGUUACCUUUUUAAAUCCAUUCAUGCGAACUGAGCUUCCUCGUUUUGGGUAACAACGCAUUAUUUUCGGUCGGAAAACUUGUGCCGUCGAGAAUAACAUACACGGCCGCCCACUGUUUUCUGAGAAAGUAACUUCUUAGCAGAAAAUGUUUCAACCUCAAAAAAAAAAUAAUAAAUCAUUAGGCUUUGUGAUUUCUGUGGGCUAAAUUGAAACCAAAGUCGAAGUAAGUCAGAAGUUUUCGUGAAUAAUUCUAGCGAAAUCGAACUUACUUUAUUUCUCACCCCUUUACCAAAAUAAAAAAGGAAAAAUGGAAUUUAUCAAUAUAAAAGUUAAAAAAAAAAUUAAAAUGACGUCAGCAGAACACAAAAUCAAUUACCGUUAUUUUCCACCUUUUCCCAGUUUUUCAACUCACAGCUAUUUCGUAGUUAAUAACUUCAAAAAUUGAAACGAACACUAGAAUCCAACCUCACUUUGAGCAAUUUGAAGCUGGAGAGCGAAGCGGCACUGUGUCAGACUCUGGUCGAAGAGGCGCAGCUCAACGUCGACGUCGGUCUCGAAGACGUCUCCGUCCAUCGUGGAGAGUCCUUCGAGCUGAGUUGUUCCUUCUUCGGGGCGCCUCAGGUACUGUCCUAAACCCUAUUGUUAUAUGUCAAAGAACUUGAAAAGCCCCAAUCCAAAAAGAGGUUCCUUUUGCAGCCGAAAAUCACGUGGCACCACCGCGGUCGGCGUCUCGACACACACCCUGGCGCCCAAGUGGAGACGUUACUCGGCAUGAAGCGCCUCGGCACUUCUCUUCUAGAAUCCAGUGAGAACUAGAACAAAUUUAUAAAAAAUAAAUUAACCUUGACUCACAGAAAAAAACGGUUCAAUUAGUCUCGGACUUGUCUGUGCCAUUUGGGUUUAUCGUACUUAAUUUCACUCAAAAAAAGCAUGUAACCCCAAGUGUGGACCAUAACAAAUUCCAAAAAUUAUCAGAGAAUUCGGAAAACUUAAAACUUCUAGAAAAAGUAGAAAAAGGUUUCUGAAAUUUAAAAAAAAAUUGCGAACUAAACUUUUUUUUGAAAUUUUUUCUUGAUCUCUUCAUUUUUGAAACGAUAGAUAGUCUCACGUCUCCAGAUUCGUACUUCAUUAUGUUGUUAUUUCGCUGUGCUGAUGGUUCAAGAAUUAUUUAAGCUCCAUCAUCAUGUCAGUAAAAAAAAUGUGGGCCUUCAGGAUUGAGAAUUCCUUGCGCGGAUCACCGCACGGCUGGUGAAUACUUCUGCGAAGCGACGACGCCUUGUUCGCCUCCUGUCACGUCUUCAGCGCUCGUCACGAUCAGCAAGGAGCCGUCGAGUAAGCCACCACAGUUCGCAUUGUAUAAUCGCUCGACUCCAGCCAAGCAGUGCAAAAAAGCUUCCAACGAUCCAAUAGAGCCGUGGAUUUCGUUGUCUACAGUGAGCCGUAUUGAGCUGCCGCACAACGUCGUCCAGCUCGAGUGUCGAGCUCGCGGAACUCCUCAACCAACUAUUGAAUGGCAUCGGAUCGCCGAGGACGAGACUCUCGAGUCGAUCGAGGGCAGCCCUAAUUACACGGUAAUCCAUUUCCUUGAAGAAAAUCUCGAAAAAAAGAUUAUCAUCCUCUCUUAUAAAAAUAACAUGAUUUUAUUCAUUAGAAGAUUCCGGCUUUCAUUUCAAAAGAAGAAAAACUUGAUUCAAUAAACCUUUUUUUAACAUCUAAAAGUCCUAAAAUUAAUAUUCCUAUUCACCAGCUUGAAAAAAAAACAAGACAUUUUGUUUAAGGUUAUAUACAACGGAGAUCUGAUCGUGGUGGACAACGGUGACGUGGUAACCGAGUCGUUCAGAUGCACGGCGUCGAACAGCCGAGGCGUCGCCUACGCCAACAGCACCAUCAUCUACAUGGACCGUUGA